CAAAAAUUAUGAAAAUAUCGGAAUCAUCAUUAAAUCUGUUUUUAUUUGUUUAUAAAGUAAAAGAUAUUAACGAAGUCUUCUUACUAAAAUUAAACAUAGAAGUUAAAAUUAAUUGAAAUGGGAAAGCAUAAGGACUAUGAAUAUGAAAAUUUUACCUUAAAGCGCCAUCAUAAAAAGAAAAAACAUAAGCAUAAACACCAAAAAUCUAAUGAAUCAGCUACAAUUCCUACAGGCUCUUCGCAGACCAUUGAAUAUGAUUCGGAUCAAGUAGAUGUUGUUAACGACUUAGGUACCCCGCUGGGCCAAGCAAGCGUUUCAAAUAAUACUUCAACAACAGUAUCACCGCAACCAACAAAUGACAAAAACAAAAAUAGUUUAGCAUCUCAAAAAAAUCCUCCUCCGACGAAGUCCAGUAAAAAAAAGAAGGGUAGAGGCCGAGACAGUGGAACAUCUAGUGAUGAAGAAAGAUGGUUGGAUGCAAUAGAAUCUGGGAAGUUGGAAGAAGUGGAUGAUGAGUUAAAAAAAAUUAAAGAUCCAAAGCUAAUGACCGCAAGACAAAGGGCAAUGUAUGAACGAGGAAAAGCAGAUACAGAUUUUUAUCCUGCAGCUGAAUUAUUAAUGUCAUUGCCUACAGGUUACAGAGAAAAAGAAAAAGUAAUGACUGCAGAAGCAAUUCAAAAAGCUCAAUUAAAUUCAAUAAAAAGAAAACAGCUUGCUGACGAAAAGAGAGAAAAAGAUAAAAAGAAAACUAUGGAACGCCUACUAAAGAAGCAAGAAACCAAACAAAGAAACCAGGGUAAAAAUAAACAAACAAAAGUAGCUUUACCCAUGCAGACAUACAUCAACAAUAUAGAACAUUCAAUUAUAUGUUUACCGGUUGAUCAUGAAUUUUCUUUAAAAGCGCAAGAACCAAUAGAAGCACCAAAACCAAUAUUAUGCUCAAUAGUUGAUUGUAACAAUAUAAAAAAUUAUAAUUGUUCUAAAACUAAUGUACCGCUUUGCAGUUUCGCUUGUUAUAAAAAAAACUUAGAUUUGGCAAAAGAAAUAAUAUGCUAACAAAAUUAUAUCAGUAGGUUUAAAGAAAAAAUAACAAUUUCAAAAUAAAACAAAAAUUCAUUGCGAAAAUUAGAAGGGUAUUGGUC